UGAGCAUUCGCUCCUCGAGGUUCCAAACACUGCAACCAUGGCCGUAAAAUCCAUCACCCUUUUGGAAUCCUCUUUUCCUCUUUGUUUUUCUUCCUUGUCUCCUUUCUUUCUCACUUGGCAUAAAGCCAUGGCCACUGCAUCUGUUUUAUAUCAAGAUUGAAGGAGUGAGAAUUUAAUGAGUGGACACUCCCUCACUUAUUUCACAGCUUUUUUUUCCGUUGGAUUCUCAAAUCCCUCUACGCGACCAUUUGAUUCCAAAAGCCAAAAGCCGGCGGGGCCUGCGGUGGAGCCCGGCCGCCUUGGAGCUCGGCCUACCACUAGGCCGAGCCUCACCCUCUCCCUGCCUUCCACGUGUCGACCGUUGGAUUCUCCUUUUUUUCUGUCGUCGCAGUGUUAUUAGGAGGCGAAGGCCGCCGCAAAUCCAAAUCCAAAUCCAUCCUUCGAGUGUCUUCUCCCAUGAGCACGAGAGGUUGUGCAAUCGCAGAGAUCGCGAGGGCGCCGCGUGUCUCCGCCGUCGUUCUCACUCAAUGAUCGCUGGCUUCGGCGGACCUGGCGGCCUCGUCGGCGCGCGGGGGUGCGACGCGUGCCGGACGGAGCCGAGCGCGGUGUACUGCCGGGCGGACUCGGCGUUCCUGUGCGGCGGGUGCGACGCGCGGGUGCACACGGCGAACCGCGUGGCGUCGCGGCACGAGCGCGUGUGGGUGUGCGAGGCGUGCACGGUCGCCCCGGCAGCGCUCGCCUGCCGGGCUGACGACGCCGCGCUCUGCGCCGCAUGCGACGCCGAGGUCCACUCCGCCAACCCCCUCGCCCGCCGCCACCACCGCGUCCCCAUCCUCCCCCUCCCCCUCGCCGGAACCCCCUACCUCACCUUGACAGAGGAGGAGCACCGCCACCACGUACUCGAGGACGAGGCAGAGUCGUGGCUAUUGAUCAAUACCAAGAACUGCGACACCCCUGCGGCCUUAUUCGGUGUCGAUCAGGUGGAUGAGUACUUGGACCUCGUCGGCUACAACAACAACGCCUGUAACGAGAUCCACAAUCAAGAACAUCAACUCCGUCAUCAUCUAAGUGAGGGCGUAGUUCCUUCUCCUCUUUGCUUACAAACUGUCAAAGAGCAUCAAGAAUUACAGCAGCAGCAGCAGCAAGAGGAAGGCUAUGGGUUGGAGUUGGAAUACGAAGUGUCGAAUUGCAUUGUCGGAUUCAGCUGCGCUGACAAUUCCCUCGGCCACAGCGUAUCCUUUGCAUCCAUGGACGCGAGUAUAGUGCCGGACACUACAAAAACAGAGGGGUUGAUCAGGCUCCUUCCUUGCUCUCCACUGCCGCAAAUGGCACCCCAGUUUCCUAUAUACAGGGAGGCCAAAGUGCUCAAGUAUAGAGAGAAGAGGAAGGCUAGGAAAUUCGAGAAGAUCAUAAGGUAUGCAUCAAGAAAGGCAUACGCUGAGAUGCGACCGAGGAUCAAGGGCCGGUUCGUGAAGCGGCCGGAUGCAGAGCACAAGCCUUCGGAUGGUAGCUACAGCAUUGUGCCUUCUUUCUAGUGCUUGUGGAAGAGAGAAUUUUCAUGUGUGUUUUGUUGAACUAGCAGAAGAGUUUCAAUUAAUAUUGUUGGCCAAAUUUAAGCAAUGGAUACAGAUAUUGUUAGAUA